UCAGGCUUUCUAAAGAACAGGGACAGGAAACUGGAACUUGUAUCGACUAGUUUUGCCACGGCUUUGGUAUGAUCUAAAUCUUGAAUCUUUAUUUGAGGAACACGUGAGGGGAUAUAUGGUGAGUAGAAUCCAGGUGUUUAAUAAUGUAACAAGAACAAAACACAAGGGAAAUGCUUGUGGAAAACGUUUGUCAAUAUCUUCAUAACCAAAACUUGCUCUUGCUCUAAUGACAAAGACACAGUGUAAGCAGUAAUUACAAUGUAGUGUAUAAAAAUAAAUAAGUUGUGCAGUCAUUGAACCACUUUAUUCAUGUUUCGUAGCUUUUUGCUGUAAUGAUUUCCAUCAUUGAGGUUACAGUUGUUCUCCCUGAGUUCAGCAGAAGAUGGAGCUGCUCAGCCACAAGACUGAGCCAGUUGGCGAUGAAAGCUUGGAGAAAUGGAAGCUAGUUGGCUCUGGGGGAUUUGGUCGUGUCUACAAGGUCAGGCACAAGGACUGGGGGUUUGAUAUGGCCAUUAAGAUACUUCACGAUGGUGUUUGUCACCUUCCUCAUUCCAGCCCCUUAAUGCCUAAGGAGAAAGCACUGUAUGAAGAAGCUAAUCAUAUGGAAAAGGCUUCCUGUGAGUUUGUGCUGAGGCUUUAUGGAAUUUAUCAGGGACCAUCCAAGCAACACGGAAUAGUGAUGGAGUUCAUGGAAAGAGGAUCUGUUCAGUCCCUGCUGAAUUACUUAUCUGCCCCUCCACCGUGGCCCCUGGCCUUCCGCUUGGCCCAUCAAGUGGCUCUAGGCAUGAACUUCCUCCAUAAAAAUAACCUUAUGCACCACGACCUAAAGCCAAGUAAUGUGCUGCUGAAUGACGACCUUAACGCCAAGCUAGCAGACUUUGGUCUGUCCAGGGUUUCCAACAGUGCUUUGAACAGCAACAGAGAAGCAACAGGACAGAUCGGAGGCUCAUACAAGUACAUGCCUCCCGAGGCUUUUGAGGCAUCAUAUCAACCUGUCCGUUCUUUUGACAUAUACAGCUAUGGUAUCCUGCUCUGGUCCAUUGUUACUGGUAAAGAGCCCUAUCAAGCGGCUGAUUACAAUCUUGUGGCGCUGAGGAUCCCUUUGGGAGACAGACCUUCCUGUGAGGAAGUUGACCAGAUGAAAGCGGAGGGGUUGAAAGAGCUGGUUGACCUCAUGCAGAGGUGCUGGGAUAACAUGCCCUCCAAGAGGCCUACCAUUAAAGAGUGCCUUGAAGUCACUGAGAAUGUGCUCUCUAAGCACAAGAAGGGAAUUCAUGAUGCGGUCUAUCAAGUCUUGACAAGACUGGUAGAACUGGAGUCACCAACCAGCAAUCAACAUUCAGACACAAGUGUUGCAUUCAAUUGUCUUCAGACACCAGAACAGUCCGAGUCAAAUGAUAUUGUGGAUCAUGUCAGAUUUACUCAAACUGAAAGGUCUUCAAUACAGGAUUCUGUCAAUGUUUCUACUAAAGUAAUGAGUGAUACAGCUAAAGCUCUGUCUCCUUUCGCUCUGCAAAAAAUACAUACACCUCUACGCCAUGGUAAUCCUCCGAGGGGAAAGUGUGUUCAAGUGUCAUCUCGACCCACCCUUCUCUUCCUCAGAACUUCUGCCUCACACCACCCUACACACCCAUCUCACCCCACCCCAUCCUGUAUUAAUGCUCCCAAUCCUCUUUGUGGGAGAGUGACGUCUGCUACUGUCAGAAACAGAGUUAAGCUCAGCAGGCAUCGGAAGAACGGAGGGGAGAGAAGCUCCACAGAUAACCAAGCAGCACUGCGUUCUAGGCCUCCAGUGGGACGAAUCUCUGCCACCUAA